AAAUUCACCAUGAUUUCAGUUGCGUUUUAAGUUCGGCCGCAGCAAUCGUCAAAGUAGAACCCGGCUGGACUGAACGCGAUCACCGACCGAAAUCCCAAAAACACGACUCCAUAAAAGAAAACCAAGAACGCGGACAAUGUCGUUCAAUUUCCUGAGCCCACGCGUGGUCGACCUGAACAAAAAUUCGGACACGAUGUCCGAAGUGUCGGAAAACGGGACCGCGACCUCCGGAUGGACAUCCAACUGGGACUCCCGGGAGGAUCUCAGGGACUUUGUCACGAAACUUGGACUGCGGGACGUAUCCGACUUGUACCAGGACCGGUUCCGGGUGGACCGUAGAAAACUCGAGCAAAUGCUCACGGGUGACAAUGACGCGCUUAUUCCUGCUGAUGUGUUCUUCGCGAAGAUUAUGGAGGACACUGAUACGUUCAUCACUUGGCCCAACAAAUUAAAAAUCGGCGCCAAAUCAAAAAAAGAUCCUCAUGUAAGAAUCGCGGGACGCCCGCAGGAUGUAGAAGCUGCAAAAGAAAGAAUAAUGACUAUUUUAGACACAAGGUGCAAUAGAGUGACGAUGAAGAUGGACGUCAGCUACACAGAUCACUCGCACAUAAUCGGUAAAGGUGGUUUGAGCAUAAAACGUGUGAUGGAGGAGACCCAGUGCCACGUCCACUUUCCGGACUCGAACCGUUCGAAUCCGACCGAAAAAAGCAACCAGGUUUCCAUUUCCGGAGACAUUGAAGGCGUCGAAUGUGCCAGAAGCAGAGUCAGGGAGUUGAUACCGUUGAUUUUCGGUUUUGAGCUGCCGAUCAUGUCACAAAACAUCGAUGUGACUUCCGCUUACGUUGUUAAAAUUCAGGAACAGUACAAAGUACAGGUCAUGUUUAAAACCAGACCAAAACUCCAUGCUACCCUUGUACUUGUCAAAGGAGUCGAAUGGGAGGUUGACCAAGUCAAACAGGCCACUCUUUUGUUAAUGGAUUACAUGUGUGACAAACUUGCAAGUCAGAUUCCGGUGCAGAUGUCGAUGGAAAUUUCACCGCACCAUCAUCCUAUAGUUUUGGGAAAAAAUCACUCAAACUUGAAGCAAAUCAUGCAGUUGACCAAUUGUCAGAUCAUGUUUCCAGACGCUACCGACCCCAACAUUCCCAGUUUGAAGAAAAGCAACAUCAGUAUUUCCGGGAACAUACAUAAUGUUUACAAGGCACGUCAAUUGUUGAUGGGAAAUUUGCCGUUGAUCAUCAUAUUCGACUUACCAGAAGCUUCAGAGAAUCUACGGAUCAGAUCUGACCAGAUUAGUGAGAUCCAAUCAUCCUGCGACCUGGUCAUCAACAUCAGACAGAAAGCGAAGCAAAACACGAAGUCUUGCGUCAUAAAAGGAAUUGAAAGACAUGUUGUAUCGAUUUACAAAGCGAGGAACAUGAUCCUAGGCAUAGAUGAGCCGCCAAUCUGCGCGGACAUUCCACCAUCUUACAUGAUGUCGGCUCCUAGUCCAGCUUCUCCUUUUUCACCGUCAGAUCUCCUUCCGACUCCUACAAACAUUAACCCACCUCCAAUUUCUCCUAUGUUGAGCCCCAUGGUCUCUCCUAACUGGCAAUUCCCCAUGCCCAGUGUACCUUCCAAUCCUCCUUUUGUUGGUAUGACGCAGCAGCCUCAAUUCGUUUACAACGUCAUGCAACAAUCUCUCGGAAGCAGUGGUUAUCAUUCCGCAAGCCAUUUAGAUGUAUCAAGUCAACCGGCCGCGUCAUUAUCCAGCAAUUCGAUUUCGAGUCCUUUGCCGAGUCCACACAACUCCAAUUCGCCGAGCUGCUACAGAAAUUUCAUGGAAAGCCCAUCCGAAUUGUCGUCAGUUCUGUCCGACGUAAGCAACCUGUCGAGCUUCCCAGGCGCGGAGAAGAAAGGCGACAGAUCAAUGACCAACUACGAUUACGAGAACAAACGGCUGGCUGGCAUUCGUGCUAUGCAAAUCAGACCAACUCCGGGUACUUUUAGACUCCCCAAUAACUCCUGGUCUGGCUACGGGUUAAGUCACACUAGUCCCGCUGCCGUAUUAAGAGAGAAAACUGGAAAUAAAAAGUCUGAUGAUGUUUGGACGUCCCCAUCAAAAUCCAACGACGGCUACGGUUUACCAUCGACAUCCUCCUCGGCUCUGAACACGAGCAAUCUGUUAGACCAGACACCAAGUCACAUAAUCCAACGCGUGACUUCAACCAAAUGGUCUGAUCUGCCUUCGAUGUUGACUUCAUUGGGUUUGGAAAGGUAUAUUGGACUGUUCGCUACGCACGAAAUCGACCUUGGCACGUUUGUUUCGUUGAACGAUCAAGAUUUGGUUGAGAUCGGGAUUAACGCUUUCGGCGCUCGUAGGAAAAUGUUGCUGGCAAUAUCUGAAAUGAAUAAGCGUGCAAGUCCAUUUUCUGCCGCACCAGGGGCGGAACGCAAAAGCACAUCGUCAACGAGCUCUUCAAUGUCUCCAAGAGAUUGGUAACUAACUUGAUUACAUGAUGACAUGUGUUUUGGGACAGUUAUUUAUGUACAUUGUAUUAUUUAUUGUUUAGGUGUUUGAUUAGGUCAUACAACUUUUUGGUAUAUGCGUUACUAAUAUGAAUUUAUGUAAAUGUGCCCGUAUAUAAGAUGUGAAUGAAUUUUAAUUGUAAGAAAAUACAAAAUACUAGAAAAAAAAUUUAGGCGAGUGUUUAGGUGUUUAAGUGUUAAUUUAUUGCCCCUAAUUUAUUCAAUUGUGUUGAAUGUUUACAUAAAUUAUUAAGUAAAACAUCAAUGAGUUGUAUGUUCUAUUUAUAUAAUUAUUGAAUUUUUAAAACAAUUCAACAUGUUAGGAUUUUAACUGUAAUUUUAUUAUGUAUUAUUAAUAUAACUUAUUUAUUUGCGUACGUUAGAAUUGUUUUACAUGAGUAGAUGUGAUAAUGUUUUAGGAUUACAAUUAUAAAUGCAGUUCGUUGAUUGUUCGCGUGUCUGUUCCUUUUAUUAUUUAUAGUAUAUUGUAUUUUAUAUGUAUGAAAAUAAAAAAAAAUAUGUAAACAAAAGUUUUAAUUUUAGGAUUUCAUUUAUUGAUCGAUUUUUUACCGUGAUAAUUAAAACUUUUGGACUCAUUGAUUAUAUGAUUGUUAUAACUAUUUAUAAUUUAUAUAUAUUAUUUAUAAAUGUACUGGUUCUAUAUUUAUAUACAUAUUAUUAAAUCACUUUUUUCUUCAA